CUACUACAUUGCUGCGUUACUGUACUGGAAUAGUAUGAACAAGGCUGUCAUUGACAGCUAUAGUGGCCGAGUUGUUUUUUUUAUAGUAUUAAUACAAAAUGGCUUUAACCUUUACCGUGCAAGCUGAAUGUGGGAUGACAAAAGCUCGCGCCGGUUUAAUGAAAUUACCGCACUGUGAUGUCCGAACACCAGUAUUUAUGCCAGUUGGAACCCAGGGCACUAUGAAGGGAUUGUUACCUGAUCAGUUGUUGGCUUUAGAUUGCGAAAUUAUUUUAGGUAACACAUAUCAUUUAGGUAACCGCCCUGGUACUCAGGUUCUUGAAAAGGCUGGCGGCCUUCACAAAUUCAUGGGUUGGAAUAAGUCUCUUUUAACUGAUUCUGGAGGUUUUCAAAUGGUUUCAUUAUUAAAAUUAGCAGAAAUCACAGAAGAGGGUGUUAAGUUUAAAUCUCCAUAUGAUGGAUCGGAAAUAAUGUUAACUCCGGAAAAAUCAAUUGAGAUUCAAAAUUGUAUAGGUGCUGAUAUUAUAAUGCAACUGGAUGAUGUGGUUCAAACGACAUUCCAAGAUUAUGACCGUAUAAAAGAGGCCACAGAGAGAACAAGUAGAUGGCUCGAUAGAUGUCUAAAAGCACAUAAAAGGCCUGAAGAACAAAGUAUAUUUCCAAUUGUCCAAGGCCUGUUAAAUAGCGAGUUAAGACGUAAAAGUGCAGAAGAUCACAUGACUAAAAAUGUUAAUGGUUUUGCAAUAGGAGGACUGAGUGGCGGUGAAGCAAAAGAUGAUUUUUGGCCAAUGGUCAGUUUGGGAACUGAGGUUUUGGAUAGAAAUAGACCCCGCUAUUUAAUGGGGGUAGGCUUGGCUAUUGAUUUGGUUGUAUGUGUUGCUCUUGGUGUUGACAUGUUUGACUGUGUUUUUCCAACUAGAACUGCUAGAUUUGGAUGUGCUCUAGUCAACAAGGGUCAACUUAAUUUGAGACAUAAGAAGUAUUUAACUGACCUCAACCCAAUUGAUAAGGAUUGUACUUGUUCAACUUGUAAGAAUUAUACAAGAGCAUACUUACAUUGCAUAGUUUCAGUUGAAACGGUGGCAUGCCAUUUGAUUUCAGUACAUAAUAUUGCAUACCAGAUGCGAUUGAUGAGAACAAUGCGGCAAAAUAUUAUUAAUGGAACAUUUGUUCAGUUUGUGAAAACAUUUAUGAAAGAGGUUUAUCCUGAUUUAAAUUAUCCCAAUUGGAUUAUAAAUUCUUUGCAAUCUGUUGGAAUAAAUAUAUUGGAUUAAA